AAAUAAUUUUUAAUUUAUUUUACCACAAUGGUUUUAAGAUUUUUUUUUUUAGGUAUGAAGGGUAUAUUUCUAACCCUCUUGAUAAAAAGUUCAAAGUGAGCUUCUUUUGGCUGUGUUUUCUGAAGAUUGUUAAUAGGCUUUAAAUUCUUUUAAUCAUUUUUCCCACUUGAUUCGAGGGCUUUUGAUUUGUAUUUCUUAUGUAAAAUUAGAGGGUUGAGUUGAAAAAAAGUAAAAGAAAAAUGAAAUCCUUGAGCAGUGUAGGGCUUGGUUUGAGCAUAGUUUUUGGCUGUCUUGUAUUAGCUUUGAUUGCUGAAGUAUAUUAUCUGUUAUGGUGGAAGAACAGGUUAAGAACAAGCACAGAUCUUGAAAAUGAUUUAAAAACUCCAGAAGAAGAGCAAAGUCAUCAUCAGCGUCAUCAUCAUAAUCUGCAAUCAAACAAAGAUUUGUUGUUGAAGCCUUUAGAUGAAGAACAUGGGAAUGGAAAUGGAAAUGAUGAGCAGCUUCCACCCAGAUUUCUCUUCACAAUUAUUGAAGAAACAAUAGAGGAUUUGGAGUCUUUUGAAACCCCAUACUUAACCCCUUUUGCUUCACCUCCAUUUUUGACCCCUCCACUAACUCCAAUUGAUGUUGCUUGUUUCAGUCACCAAUUGGGAUUCAACCCUUUGUUUGAAUCCGAAGCUGAUGCAAAUUUUAAUAGGUUAAGUUCAUCAUCAUCAUCAUCAUCAUCGCUUCAACCUCCAGCUUCGAGGGUCAAGUUUUGUAAAGAAGCUGAAGCGAAGCUUCAUAGGAAACCAUUAAAGGAAGAUGUUCAUAACAAUGGCGGAUUUAAGCUUUCUUCAGAUUAUCUCAGAGAGGAAGAAGAUGGAUCUUUUAUCACAAUCAUUGUUGAUAACAACAAAGAAGAAAGGUUUAGUCACAUUAAUCAGCACCAAAGUAAUACUCCUUCUCAGGUCUAGGUAUGAAAGAAAGUUAAGGACUCAGCAUCCAAGCCAAUCCCAGACUCAAAGUGGUGAAUGCCUUUCUUUUGGUAAAAUGGCAUGUAUCUAGGUUGUUAAAGUGUUGUUUUGUAUAUAAUAGUGAACAAACAUGAAAGUUGUUGAAGCAUGGUAUGAAAUGUGUAUCUUUUGGAAAUUAAAUUUACAUGAGUUUGACUAGUAUGAUAAUGUAGUAAAUUUUGAUAUGAAUUGUGGUAAAUGAUCCUUAAGAGGUUUUGAAGUGAA